CAAGCUUUCAGUUUCGAAUCUGACGAAAAUCGGCAACACAGGAAGCAACAGCUUGGUCUUGGUAAAACAGGCGAAGUUAAAUCUAAAAAGUAGGCUAAAGAAUGUCAGCUCUCGUCGCUUCGAGCAUUACAAAGACAUUAUGCACAAAUCAAGGAUGCUUAACAUUCAGACAGGUUGACCAAAGCCUCAGGCAAAGCAUGACUGUUGCAAAAGAAGUGCUAUUUGCAGUACUUUCCGACGAAACGAAAUUUUUCAUAGCUCAGGGAGAAGAGACUCCAUGUGAUUUAAAUGGGCUACGUCCGGACAGCUUGAUUAUCGCGAAAACAAACCUACGAAUCUGUCAGAAUCUGAAAUGUGACAAUUGCGAGGAUUUACACUUGUGCAGGUAUUUUGUGAGCGGUCAGUGCCGAUUCGGGGCCAAAUGCAAAAAUCCACACGCAGCGGACUCCCCAGCUAACAGAGCUCUUCUGCAGAGAGCCGGGUUAGGUGUACUGAGUGACCAGGAGCUCUGUUGUCUACUUCUCCAGAAUGACCCCUACCUGCUCCCUGAGAUCUGCUCUCAUUACAACAGGGGCAUUGGGGAACAUGGCUCCUGCCGAUUCCAGUCGAAGUGCACCAGUCUGCAUGUGUGCCAGCACUUUCUUUUAGGGGACUGUAAGUUUGGGGCUGCCUGUAAGAGGGCGCACACGUUUGACAGCGGCAGCAUGAAGAUCCUGAGUGGCAGAGGCCUCAGUCCAGAGAACAGCCGCAACAUCCACCUUAUCUACAAGAACCGGCUGCUGAUCGGUGGUCACGGGGAGAGACACGCCGUCAAGGAGGCAGAGAAACCGCCCCCUGCAGUCAGACAGCUGUCCAACACCUCAGUCAGUGAAGCAGACCGCAAUGAAAUCUGCCUCUACUUCAUCCGCCGCAGCUGCAGCUUCAAAGAUAAGUGCAUUCGUGUUCACCACCGCCUUCCAUAUAAAUGGCAGAUUCUCGACAGAGAUGGAGUGACUUGGAAAGACCUGUCUGAACAGGAGGAAGUGGAAAGGUCUUACUGUAACCCAGAAAAUGACUCCAGUUUUGGGCCUCAGCCUGUGAACUUCCUCACCAUGACCUGUGCGGGCUCACCUGUCCGACGCCUGUCCACUGCGUCCUCCGUCACCAAAUCGCCCCACUUCAUCCUGACCACAGAGUGGCGCUGGUACUGGUUGGAUGACCAGGGGGGCUGGAAUGAGUACGGGCUGGAGAGUGAACCGAAGCGCCUCGCCACUAUCACCUCUCAGACCCUGGAGAACAUCUAUCUGGCAGAAGUAGAAGACGAGGUCCAUUUCAGCUCGGCAGGACACAAAUAUGUUCUCCACUUGAAGGAAAUGUACCAGCAGAAUAUGAAGCACCGGACCAGGAGAGAGAUACGGAGGAGACCUCACUUCAUCUCCUCUGAGGAUGUGGAGAAGAAGCUGAAAAGCGGAUCCACGGAGGUCUCCAGCUCCUCAUUAGAUGUACCAGCUCACUGGGACAAAACAGCCCUGCCCAGCCAUACUUACAAGCUGGUUCCACUGUCGUCCUCCUCCGGGGAGUUCCAGCGAGUGGAGAACCUGUUCAGGAGAACCAUGCAGAGGAGCACCGUCCACAGUAUCCAACGCAUGCAGAACCCUUCACUCUGGAGGGUCUUUCAGUGGCAAAAAGACCGGAUGAAGGAGAGAGCGGGGCGGGGAGAUGCGAGAGAGAUGGAGUUGUUCCACGGUACAGAGCAGGCCCUCCUGGAGGCCAUCUGUGAACAGAACUUUGACUGGAGAAUCUGCGGGGUCCAUGGCUCUCACUAUGGAAAAGGGAGCUACUUUGCCAGAGACGCUUCCUAUUCAAACAAAUACUCAGCGUUAGGUGGUGGCGGUGGCGGCAAGAAGAUCAUGUUCGUUGCCACGGUGUUGGUGGGUGACUACAUUAAGGGCAGGAGUGCGUACCUGCGCCCACCUGCCAGAGAGAAAGGGAAGGGCUUCUACGACAGCUGUGUGGACAGUGUCAGCAAUCCCUCCAUCUUUGUCAUCUUUGAGAAGCACCAGGUUUACCCAGAAUUCAUUGUGGAGUACUCCUGAGACCAAUAUAAACAGUUAAGAAGUACCUGUCAAGUAAAGGAUGACUGGUCAAACAUAAUUAUCCUAUAAUUAUUUUAUCCAUAUUUGUUGUGUGUGUGUGUUUUCUCAAUAAUGUCUUGGUCAUUGUACACUUACUGUAUUAGAUUCGUCUUUCUGUUUGCAUGCAACUUUAAAAGCUUACUAGUACUACUUGAAAUACCAAAACUUCCCAUGGUGGUGUGUUUGUCUGUGUAAAUGUAUGUGUUUUCAACCAACCUGCACCUUCAACUAAUUUCUUUCAGCUUACAGUUUCACAUGUAAUUUUUCAACUGUAUGCUUUAAAAUACCAUAGUUCAACAUAAUGCACUAGCGCUGUAAGUUUAACGCUAUUUUAAAUGAUGAAAACAUGAUAAAACGUAUCAAAUCCACA